UCCCUCUAUUGUUAUGAUCUGCCAGUUGCCUAGUUCUAGGUCACAAAAUCAAAUUCCUAAGGUUAUUUCUUCUCUUUAUGAUAACUUAUCAUUUGAAACAGAAGGAUAUUUUGAGCACGGAAUUUAUGUUGAAAUGAAUUAUGAUUCCAUUUUAGUUUUGUUGAUCUUCCAAGUUUUUGUAUCACCUUGUAAUACCAGAGCCUUGACGAGAUAUUAUUGUGAGCUUGCAGACAGAAUCAACUGCAGAGCACGUGACGAGGCUAGAACAUGUGGAUCGGACGGCAAAACGUACUACAACAUGUGUGCUUUAAAUAUAGCAACUUGUGACCACCCAAGACUACAUGCUGUCCACUCUGGACCAUGUCCAACAAGUUCGACCAUCACUGACCUACAAACAGUUCCCACACAAGAUGGAUUACAAGUGGCGUAUGAUAUCUUCUGUCUGGAUUUGUUUCACCACAACUGUUUAUUGGAAAGGUCGUUCCAGUUAUGUGGCUCUAAUAAGGCAACAUACAUAAACUUGUGUGAAUUUGACAAAGCCAGAUGCACCCACAGAAACUUACACGUAGUUAAAUACGGACCAUGCUAAAUAAAAUUUUGACACAAUAAACAUCUUUUUGAGUA